GCACGUGUACCGGAAGUACUACUGUUUAUAACAUUUUAGCAUGGUUUCUUUAAAUAAGUACCUUUUUACCGAGAGUAAAUAUGCAAAACGCGAGGUAGCGACUGCUUUAAGAAAAGCAAUUAUAACAGUUCUUAUAAAAUAGUAAUAGUUAUACAAUUGUUUAAAAAGUGGUUGCCGGUAGUCCUAACGAAAGUCCCUGUUAGCUCGUGGAGAGGAGGCGCUAGCUGCCAUGAGGGUUACCGAGCAGUAAAGUAUCCUCUACACUGCUUAGUAAUAUUUGUUCAGUAAAACAUGUAGGUGGGUCUGAAAAGCAAACGGUCUGUAGGUGUUCACAUCCCCGCCACGAUGUAUCGCUGCGUUAAUCCUGUUUCCAGAUGUAAUAAGCUAACGGGCUUGCGCCGGGUCCUUGGGUUCGGACUGAACGUGCCCGGUCCGCACGGGAGCACAGCUUACGGAACCAUGUCGGCUAAGAAGACAGGUGGCACCAGUCCGUCCCGUUCAAGGUGUCUGUCGAGUCAGGUUCCGAUUCAAGAUGGAAAAGCUCGAGUGAAGAGAGUUUCUAUCGAAGGCAACAUCGGUGAGAUCAGAACUGUUGGAAAGUCAACUUUUGCCAGACUCCUGCAGUCAGCGAGUCCAGACUGGGAGGUGAUGGCAGAACCUGUCAGCAAAUGGCAGAACAUUAACAGUGGGGCCUCCAAGGGGACUGUUGCAUCACCUCAGGCAACAGUCAUCAACUUGCUGCAGAUGAUGUACCAGGAUCCCCAGCGCUGGUCCUACACGUUUCAGACGUAUUCCUGCAUGAGCCGGUUCAGAACACAGCUACAGCCUCCUCCAGCUCGCCUGCUCCGCUCAGAGGGAACACCUGUGCAGGUUUAUGAGCGCUCGGUGUACAGUGACAGAUACAUCUUUGCUCUUAAUAUGUUUGAGCUGGGUUGCAUCAACUCCACAGAGUGGGCAGUCUACCAGGACUGGCACUCUCUCCUGGUGGAACAGUUUGGACACCAGGUGGAGCUGGAGGGUAUCAUUUACCUCAGAGCGCCGCCACAGAAAUGUAUGGAACGUCUGGAGCGUCGGGGGCGGUCUGAAGAGAUUGGAGUGAAGCUGGACUAUCUAAAUAAGCUCCACAUUCAACAUGAGAGGUGGCUUGUUGAGAAGAGCACUGAAUUACAUUUUGAGAAACUGAAACAUAUACCUGUUUUACAACUGGAUGCCAGUGUGGAGUUUCAGGCUGAUCUAGAGGUGCGGGAUCAAUUUCUCAUAAAGGUGAAGAACUUCUUUAAUGCUUUAUGAGAGCAAAGGGAAGUCAUCAGCUGCCAUGUCCAUGAGACCAGCCACACCUGAUCCUGUCAGCUGUAUUCACUGACAUAGAAAUGACUAUGAGCCUUAAGGAAGUAAAAGGUUUAAGUGGAUCAUCUCCAGGAUCAUACUAUAAAACUGAUGUCUUACUGUUGUUUCUUUUGUUUCCGUUAAAUUUUAUUAGCUAUUUGUGUUACUUCAUAUACAAUACUUUGCUUUUUAUUUAAUCGUUCAAAUUCUCUUUCAUGAGUCACAUAUUUAAACUAGGACCUGUAUGAACCACUGUGUACUGAUCUUACACAUUACAUUUUUGCAUUCCUGUAAAGUUGCUGUUGUUGUUAAUAAACCUAUUUAUUAUA